AUGGGCUCAUCAUUACCUUCUUCGGCCGCAAGCUCAUAUAAUUCUGUACUCGAUUUCAAGUCGAUCUCUACUGGCGGCUGGAUCGUCCAGAAGUUUGGCGGUACCUCUGUUGGAAAGUUCCCAGAGAACAUUGUUGAUGAUAUAGUCAAGGAAUACAGCAAACUGCAUCGUGUUGCUGUUGUUUGUUCUGCCAGAUCUUCCAACACGAAAAGUGAAGGUACCACUUCAAGACUUCUCAGAUCGGCGGACUUGGCUACCGAGAUGGGAGACUACGACAGCCUAUUGAAAGUUAUCGAGGACGAUCACGUCAACAACGCGAAGGAAAAAGUGAAAGACUCAAAUCUCCAAAAUAAAUUGAUCGAAGACUCCAAACUGGAAGUCGCCAGAGCUAAGGAACUUUUGCAUGCAUCUCAAAUCAUCGGUGAGAUUAGUCCAAGAACGUUAGACAGUCUCAUGUCUGUGGGCGAAAAAUUGUCCUGUCUUUUUAUUGCAGCUUUGAUGAAAGACCAUGGUCUCAAUUCUGCUUAUGUGGACUUGUCCCAUAUUAUCCCUCUUGACUACGAUAUCUCGAAGGGCUUUGACGACUCAUUCUAUCUGUUCCUCGUUGGUGAGCUCGCUAAAAUUGCCCUCUCUCAAGGUGAGGAUGUCAUUCCAGUUUUCACUGGCUACUUUGGCGUCGUUCCAGGUGGUCUUCUUAAUGGUAUUGGCCGUGGGUACACCGACUUAUGCGCUGCAUUGAUCGCAGUUGGUGUCCAGGCUGAUGAGCUUCAAAUCUGGAAAGAGGUGGAUGGUAUUUUCACAGCCGACCCUCGAAAAGUGCCAAAAGCCAGACUUCUCGAUUCCGUCACACCAGACGAGGCUGCUGAAUUGACCUACUAUGGUUCCGAAGUGAUCCAUCCAUUCACCAUGGAACAGGUAAUCAAGGCCAAAAUCCCAAUCAGAAUAAAAAAUGUCAUCAAGCCUUCCGGAAAAGGCACUAUCAUCUAUCCUGACAAUAUUGGCAGAAGAGGCGAAGCUACGCCGCCCCACCCGCCAGCUGCUUACGAGACGCUUCCCAAUUCUUAUAUCCAAACGCAUAAAAAGAGAUCUGCCACUGCCAUCACUGCCAAGCAGAACAUCGUCGUCAUUAACGUUCACUCCAACAAAAAAACGCUAUCUCACGGUUUCUUGGCUCACAUCUUCACAACCUUGGAUAAGUACAGAUUGGUGGUGGACUUGAUCUCCACCUCUGAGGUGCACGUUUCCAUGGCCAUGCAACUUCAAAGUGAAGAGGAGCACAACCUCAAGGAGGCAUUGAAGGAUUUGAGGAAAAUGGGUACAGUGGACGUCACCAGAGAGAUGACCAUUGUGUCUCUUGUUGGUAAGCAGAUGGUGAACUUCAUUGGUAUUGCCGGUAACAUGUUCAAGGUUCUCGCAGAUGAGCGUAUCAAUAUUGAAAUGAUCAGUCAAGGUGCUAAUGAGAUCAACAUUUCUGCUGUUAUCAAUGCUAAUGAUACUAUCAGAGCUUUGCAAUCUAUUCAUGCUAAGUUAUUGGAAGGAAACUUUGGUUUCGAGGAAACGGCGUCGGCGACCGACAUAAGGUUGUCUGCCUUGAAGGCACAAAGCUAG